CCUCAAAUCAAAACUGAAUCUCCUCUGUAUCUUCCCUUCACAGUUUUGCGUUUUUAGUAUCCAAACAACCAAACGCAUUCCUACAUUUUCGACGAUAAAAGAUGCAGAGAUUUAUUCCGGUGAGGAGGUUAUUAACGGAAACUAAAUAUUCUCUCAGCCGUCAACGACGUUGCUUUUCUCUGGUGGCUCAGAAUGAGGUCGAUAACAACGAUGGCUUUGUUCCUAAAAUGCCCUCCUUUGACUACUCUCCACCUCCAUACACCGGUCCUUCCGCCGAAGAGAUCCUUUCCAAACGCAAGGAGUAUCUCAGCCCCGCCAUGUUCACCUUGUACAGCAAACCACUGAACAUAGUAGAUGGGAGGAUGCAGUAUUUGUUCGAUGACAAGGGGCGAAGAUACCUAGACGCAUUUGGAGGGAUUGCUACUGUGUGUUGCGGCCAUUGUCACCCUGACGUAGUAGAAGCAAUCGUCAAUCAGACCAAGCGCUUGCAACAUUCCACUAUUCUCUACCUCAACCAUAGCAUCGCUGAUUUCGCUGAGGCCUUUGCAAACAAGUUACCAGGCAAUCUCAAGGUAGUAUUCUUUACAAAUUCAGGGACAGAAGCAAAUGAGUUGGCGAUGAUGAUAGCAAGACUAUAUACCGGAUGCCAUGACAUAAUAUCAUUGAGGAAUGCAUAUCAUGGGAAUGCUGCGGGGACCAUGGGAGCCACUGCACAAAGUAAUUGGAAGUUCAAUGUUAUACAGAGUGGAGUUCAUCACGCUGUAAACCCAGACCCGUACCGCGGUGUCUUUGGUUCUGAUGGAGAGAAGUAUGCAAGGGAUGUCCAAGAUCUUAUCCAGUUUGGAACUUCAGGCAACAUUGCUGGUUUCAUUUCUGAAGCUAUACAAGGAGUUGGUGGAAUCAUAGAAUUGGCCCCAGGUUACUUGCCUGCUGUUUAUAGCACCAUAAAGAAAGCUGGAGGUCUUUGCAUUGCUGAUGAGGUUCAGGCUGGGUUUGCUCGCACAGGGAGCCAUUUUUGGGGAUUUGAGAACCAUGGGGUUGUUCCUGACAUAGUGACAAUGGCGAAGGGCAUUGGAAAUGGCAUCCCUCUGGGUGCUGUGGUAACUACCCCUGAGAUUGCGGCGGUCUUGACUCGCAGGAAUUACUUCAAUACCUUCGGUGGGAACCCUGUAUGUACUGCUGGAGGUUUAGCCGUCCUGAAAGUAAUUGAAAAAGAAAAGCUCCAGGAAAAUGCAUUUGUUGUUGGGACCUAUUUGAAAGAGAGACUAACAGCACUAAAAGAUAAAUAUGACCUGAUUGGUGAUGUUAGAGGAAAAGGAUUAAUGCUUGGAGUUGAAUUUGUCACCGAUCAGAAGCUCAAGACUCCUGCAAAGCUUGAAACUCUUCACAUAAUGGACCAGAUGAAAGAAAUUGGAGUAUUGGUCGGAAAAGGUGGAUUUUAUGGCAAUGUAUUUAGAAUCACCCCUCCUCUCUGCUUCAGUAAGGAAGAUGCAGAUUUCCUUGUAGAUGCAAUGGAUUACAUCAUGGCUAGGAUGUAAAGCAUCCGACUUCAAACGUGAAUGAAGAGAUCACUAUAUGAUGGUUCAUCCACAAAAGUUUCUCUAAGCAUAACACCCCUAUUGUAAGUGAAGAAAUCAUAGGUUUCUGCUUCAAUAACCUUAAUAGGUUUGGUACAAUGGUUUUAAAAUAGUAUGCUAUUUAUGAGUCAACAACUCGUUGGCUCUCCCGUUGAUGAGUCAACAACUCGUUGUCUCUUGUUCAAACUCUUCCGGUGUGGACACGAACUAGUUGAAGUAAAGAAUAAAGUGUGAUGGUUUAACUAUUCAAUACCUUUAUGAAACAUCAUUCACAUCAAAACAUUUUG